CUGUAUUUGUUGCAUUUAUUAGCUACAUAUUGUACAAAAUUUGUAUUUAUCCUUUAUAUUUGUCCCCAUUAUGUAAAAUUCCUGGUCCACCUGUUGAUAAUUUCAUUCUUGGACAUUUGGCCUCUUUAUUAAACAAAGAACUUGGUGAAGCUUUGGCUCACUUGGCAAAACAAUACGGUGGAAUAGCUAGAGUUCAUAUCAUAUUUAGCAAACCUUUUUUAUUGAUUUCCGAUCCAAAACUUGUCCAACAAGUAUUGCUGAAUCGCCCUUAUGAUUUUUCAAAGUUCUUCCACAAUAAAGCCAAGGAAUUGUUUGGUGAAGGUAUUUUUAUUGCUGAAGGAAAUUCUCAUAAACGACAAAGAAAAAUUAUGAAUCCUUCAUUCGCUUUUGCCAAUAUCAAAGAAAUGGUUCCAACGUUUGUUCAAGCUGGUCAUAAAUUAAAAGAUAUCUGGAUGAAACAAAUUGGUAAUAAGAAAGAAGAAAGAAUUACCAUUAUUGAUUUAGUUCCAAAGAUAACUUUAGAUGUCAUUGGCCUUGUUGCUCAAGCAUAUAAAGCAAUAGUUGGUCGUAACCCUUCGCCUUUAUACGCGGCUUUUGAAGAACUAUUUCCGUUUAUUAGGAAAUUUCCAACUUCCUAUAACAAGCAAUUUGAUGAUUCUAUUAAAGUUAUCAAAACUAUUUCUGAGAAAUUAAUUGUCGUGCUGACGACCAACACCCCUGGUACUGGAUCGGGUUCAUGUGACGUGACUGC